CCCAGAUAUUGCACCGAGCGAUGGCGAAGGACAAGCUCUCAGCGGCGCCGCUGGAUGCGUACCGGAAGGAGCAGAAGAAGAAGGAGAAGAAGGCGGUCAAGGACCGGCGCGAGCACGUCAAGCAGACGACGGGCGACAACGUCGACAUUGGCGCGCUCACAGAGAAGCUCCGCAAGCUCGAGCGCGACGAAGAGAACGAUCGCCUCGAUGGCGCCGGGCGUAAGCGCAAGCAAGAACUAGAAGAGACGAUCCGGCAAGCCAAGAAGAAAAAGGCGGAUCUCGAAGCCGAGGCCAAGGCGCGCGAAGCAGCGCUGCCCAAGUCCAAGAAGGAGCUCGAUGCGAGAAACAAGGAGCUCUACAAGAACCCCGAGCAGUCGAUCCACUACCACCCGAUCUUUAAUCCGUACGGCGUCGCGCCGCCAGGUUACAGCGGCAGUGGCAACCACCCGUUCACAAAUGCGGCCAUGCGCAACAACAUUGCUGGACAGCCGUCGCUGCCACUGGCACCGCGCCCGCGCAUGAAGAUCAAGAACCGCCCGCCGCUCCCGAAGGGCCCCCCACCCUUUCGUCCCCCGCCGCCUCCGCCGUCGGCGGGCAUGGCCCCCCCACCGAUGGUCGCACCAGUGAUGAUGCCGCCCCACCCGCCGGUGGGCAUCCUGCCGCCACCGCCACCGCCGCCACUUCCAACCCCGGGCUCGUUUGACAUCAUUCCUCCGCCGCCUGUGGCCGCCCCGCCAAUGGCUGCACCGGCGCCGCCGCAGCGCCCACCGCCGCCGCCGCCCGCACCAGCGAUGCGCUACAACGAGGACGACGAGGACGAGCUCCGUGUACGAUCGCUGGUGCCAGCUGCGCUUCGUGUCCAACGAGUCACCAAGCCCAAGCCCCCGAGUGGCGCGCGGCCGCCGCCGCCACCGCCAACGACAACAGGUCUCUCGUUCGCACCUGUGCCGCUCCCGACUCCGGCCGCGCCUCCUGCAACCAGUGAGCUCAACGCGUUUCUCGCCGAGAUGAAGGACUUGGGUGCGAUUUAAUAUAGUCUCUACUGCCUGGUCGUGA